AAUAUUUUAAUCCUAGCUAAUUUAAGAUGCUCAUCGCAGCACGUGAAUAUUAUGCGAUAAAACGAUACGAUAGAGGAAAUGUUUAUAUAAAUCGAACACCAAAUUUCGAUAAAAUCGAAAUCCGAAUCUGAUAACAUUGCCGUUCUUUUCCUUGAAAUCAUUAGGUCAUUUUAUUUAACAUAUUCACUUUCACGUUUUGUGUUAAAGUACGAUAUCAAAAUUGAACAUGGAUGGCUAUAGCGAAAUUGAAGGUACAAGAAACCCCAAAAAACCUGAUAUCGUACUCGACAGCUACAGAUGGGUGAUAGUGUUAAUUUUUGCUGCAUUCUGUGGUUCGAAUUUCUUUCUAUUCAUGCAGUUCACUAUUAUAGCCAAUGUAACAAAAAGAUAUUACAAUAUAGACAGCUUCAUGACAGAUGCUACAGGGCUGGUAUUCAUGGGAUCUUACAUAUUAUUCUUCAUUCCCGUAGGUCACUUCAUACAGCAAAAAAACCUAAAAGAAAUAGCUGUGAUAAGCAGUGGAUUGACAGCUUUUGGGAAUUUCCUAAAACUGUUUGCUGUACCUCCAGAUAGAUUUUAUCUUAUUAUCAUAUCCCAGGCCAUAUGUGGAUUUGCUCAAGUGUUCAUGGUGAGUUUACCUCCUAAAGUUGCAAGCACUUGGUUUGGAGCUGAAGAAGUUUCGAUAGCAUGUGCAGUUGGAGUCAUGGGAUGUCAAAUCGGAUUGGCUCUGGGGUGCGUUCUAUCACCAUAUCUAGUGCCUGAUACAUUGAAUAUGCAUGAAAUUGCUUAUGGUUUCUCUGCACUUUUCACCAUCGAUAAUAUUGUUUCAAUAACAAUAUUAAUUCUAGUCGUAUUAUUCUUCAAAUCGAAACCAGACUCGCCUCCCAGCCAAUCACAAAUGGACCGUUUGGAUGGCGAUGACGAAGUAGGUUAUUUAGAAGCUUUCAAAGUUUUCAUGAAGAACAAAGACUAUAUGAUGGUCCUGACCACUUUCGGGAUCUCAUACGGUGUGUGGAACUGUCUUGGAAUAAUUGUGAAUGAAAUGUUCUUGCAUUUUUUUCCUGGCUAUGGCAAGAAUUUGGGUAUUCUGAUAUUAUGUGGUGUGGUUGCAGGUGGUGUUUUAGGUACAGUAAUCUUUGGUUACUUGUUGGAUAAAACACAUGAGUUUAAAGGAGUCGCCAAUUUUGUCUUAGUAGCAAAUUUCAUUUCAUGGGUUUGUUUGAUUGUAGCUUUCCAAGCAAAAUCGCUACUAGGAACUUCCUUACUCAUACCUGUAAUGGGAUUCUUCAGUGGCAGCCUUGUGGUUAUAGGUUUCGAAUAUGCUACAGAAGUCACCUAUCCUAUUCCAGAGUAUUUCAGUGCUUCUCUCUUGAACGCUUCCAUCUAUAUAUUCGCUAUAGUUUCAGUUCUUGUUAUAGAAUGUGCAUUCAAAGCGAUAGGAUUUUUAACUGGUCAGAUUAUUUUGGCUGUAUUAUUGUUAAUAGCAUCAGCCACUAGCUUUUUGAUAUCUUCUGAUUACAAGAGAACAGACGCUAAUUUAAUAAAUACAGAAAUAACUAAUUAUAGGAGUUUAAUGAAUGAUAAACUUCCAUGAGGAAUGCAACAAAUAUAUUCGAUUUCGAAGA